CGAAAUCAAUAAUGGCGAAAGCAUUACAGCAACGCUGGCCCAGUCCACGACAUGGAAUCUAGUAAUCGCAUGCAAGGAGUUGUUGGACGUGUUCCAAGAUCAGAUCAACCGGGAAGCCCGCACGAUUGAGGCUUAUUUCAGGCGCAGAUAUACCCGCACGGUCUCCGCUUCACGGGUCACUACGCUGAACAGGUCUUGGCACGGGAGAGCCAAAACGAGGCAAUGAGAGACGAGCUACUAGAGCCGCUCAUUCCCCUCUGCUGUGCCUCCUUUCCACGUGUCUGACCCAUACCGUGCUCCAUAUCCGCCGAGUGUCAUGUUUCGAGAAUCAUACCAUACGCCAGGCCCAACCUAUGGAACGAUGUCCACGUCACUUGUAGAACUGGAUUGGGGCCGGCUUACCACGCAGCUCGCUCAGAACGUCGCGAAUGGCAUCCCCCAGGCUGGAUUACCAGCCAUGUGCCCACUGUCAUUACAGCACACGAGUGCCGACCAGUCCGACCCCGUCUUUGUGCCCCUCGUCUAGCCAAGUCUGGGUCCAAUCCGCUGUGUCCCUGCCAUCUAUCACGCUCUCCGCUGUACCCGUCUAUUCGUAGGAAGAACUGUUGGCUCGAUCCAAACAGGUCCCUGCAUUCAACAAGUCGUUGUCAAGCGUUGGAGAAGUCUGUAACAUCG